AUGGUGGUACAGAUUAGCAUUCUCGACAGCUCCGAGUUUGAUGGGACGACUUGGUACAGCAUUCGGGUGGUUGAGGACCUCCGAGAGUGGCUUUGCAAGAAGCGGUACAGCCAGUUCCUCGAACUAGAUGCCAUGCUUGCCACUCUUCCUAUCCAACGCCUGCCAUUGCCACCGAAGGGUACCGUUGGUCUCCGGAAGAUGCUGAACCUUGGCAACUUCAAUCAGGAGCGGCUGCAAGGACUCGCGAGAUAUCUCAGCCACCUCGCCAGCCAGAUUCAGAGCCUUUCGCAGGUGCCCGCGCUUGGCCAAUUUCUUUCUCCAGCACCCUUGGGGCAGCCGCUUGCAGUACCCACCCAGGGUGUGGCAGUGGCUUCACCAAUUCAACCUGUGGCAGUCGCCCAACCAAUGCCUGGCACCGCUGCUGUCAUCGUAUCAGCUAACCCUGCCCCAACACUUCAGGCCCAGCAAGCAUUGCAGCAAUCGCACCCAGUGGCUGCGCCAGUGGCUGUGCCAGUGGCAGGUACACCGGUGGUAGGGGUGGCCGUGGCUUCACCAUACCCAGCCACACCUUACGCAGCUACCGCAGCACCUGUGCCUGCGCAGCCAUACCCCCAGCAAGGCUAUCCUGUGCAAGCAAGCCCAGCCCCAACCAGUGGAGGAGGCGGCGGCUUUGGGAUGUUGGGCGCAGGGGCCGCAGGGGCAAUGGCAGGCGUUCUUGCUGGUGUCGCAGGAGCUGCCAUGAUGCAUGGCUCUAGCCAUUCUUCGCAUCAGGACUUUUGUUGCAAGUGCGAGGGACGCGGCUUCCGGCACAACUCGACCAUGAACCAUGAUGAGCGCCCAGACAAGCGCUGCUUCUUCUGCGAGGAUUGCGAUGCCUGCAGGGGCAGAGGCAGCAUGAGGUACGACAGUCCGCCACAUCAUCAUCAUGGGCAUCACCAUCACCACCAUCAUCGCCACGAUGGCUUCAUUGAGUCCUUUGGAAUGACGGGGUUUGGAGCGCGCCAGCAAUGCUUCAAAUGCGAGGGCAAGGGCUUCUUCCAUGACUCAAGGCCAGACGGACGCUGCUUCUUCUGCAAGGAUUGCUCUGGGUGCAAAGGCAAGGGCCACAUAGAGGGCGCGACUCCAUGGUCCAAGCAUGGCCAGAUGUGCUCACAUUGUCAUGGGCACGGCUUCGUCCAUGAGUCGUCUAUGAACCAUGACAAGGCUCGCGAUCAGAAGUGCUUCUUCUGCAAAGACUGCAGGAAGUGUCACGGGAAGGGACACCUGUAG